AUGUCCGCUACCAUCACCCAAACCACCACUAACCCCGUCCCCGUCGUCGUAGCGGCCGACAACAACAGCUCCACCAGCAAAGCCCACAUCGAAGAUGCCGCCAACGACAAGGAGUUCCAAUCUGUUGCACGGGGAAACCGUGCGGGAACGCUCAAGCUACGGGGUAUCCCGACCUUUAGUGAUCCUGUGGCUAAGCGGCAGUGGAUGAAGGAGCAUAUGGCUGCUGCGUUUCGGUUCUUUGGUAAGAAAGGAUACGGGGAGGGUGUGUCGGGUCAUAUUUCUAUGAGAGACCCUAUCCUCAAGGAUCACUUCUGGAUGAACCCCUUCGCCAAGCACUUCUCCACCAUCAAAGCAUCGGAUCUUGUCCUUGUUGAUGCAGAGGGUUAUGUCACUGAGGGUGGUGCUCAGCUGCCCAUCAACGAGGCCGGAUUCAUGAUCCACUCUGAAAUUCACAAGGCCCGGCCAGAUGUUAUUGCUGCGGCGCAUACGCAUUCGAUUCAUGGGAAAACGUGGAGUGCGUUUGGAAAGCCGAUUGAGAUGCUUACCCAGGAUGCAUGCAACCUCUACGGAAAGGUCGGUGUCUACGAAGACCACGGCGGUAUUGCCCUUGCGCAGGAGGAGGGUGAGCAGAUUGCCCGUGCCCUAGGAAAGGAUAAUAUUGCUUGCAUUUUGCAGAACCAUGGUCUUCUCACCGUGGGCCGAACUGUCGACGAGGCGGCUUUCCUCUACUUUAGCUUAGACAAUGCCUGCCACACGCAGUUGCUGGCUGAAGCAGCGGCUGCGAACGGUGUUCCGAAGAGAAUCAUCUCGAAUGAGGUGGCGAAGUAUACUGCUGAUGUUGCGCAGAACCAUCACAACUUCUACACUGAAUUCCAGCCGGAGUACGAGCUCAUUGUUGAAGAGACCAAUGGAAGAGUUCUGCAAUAA